UAAAAAGAUUAUUGAUAAACAUUUGCCUACUUAUUGUCUGUCAGAUAUUCAAUAGUUGUCAGUUGUAUUGUAUUAUUUCAGUUACAUUAUUUUUCUAUUCAUGGCCGGUUUGCUAAGAACAAUGGGUGCUGAAACUAUCUGGUUGAAUUAUUUCUUAUUAUGUGCAUGUGUGUGUUUCAGUCAAGGAACAGAAAUGGCUGCACUGAGUCCCCUAGAUCCAUCAUCUUUUUCACAUCCCGAUUUAACAUCUCUGAAGCAUGCAUCACUUCGUCUAAACAUUGAUUUUGACAAAAAAACACUGUCAGGGUCAGUCCUGCUCGACUUCACAGUAAAAUCAAAGAUUGACAAUGUUAUACUGGAUGUAAGUGAUUUAGAACUGGAAUCAGUUGGUUUGCCGAACGGAACUCAGCUGUCCUACAGUCUGGGUGACCCUAUCCCAAAUUUUGGCUCCAAACUUACUAUUAGUUUGCCAAAAAGUGUAAACCCAGAUGAAGAGUUGAAAAUUAAAAUUGUCUACAAAACAUCCCCAACUGCAUCAGCUCUGCAGUGGCUGGAACCGAACCAGACAUCCGGGAAGCAGCACCCUUAUUUAUUCAGUCAAUGCCAGCCAAUCCACGCCCGUUCCAUCCUGCCAUGCCAAGACACGCCGGCGGUCAAGUUCACGUACGACGCGGAGGUGACCGCCCCGGCCGGGUUCACCGUACUUAUGAGUGCGUUGAGGACCGAGGGUGCGGGAGCCACUUCGUUCCGGCAGCCCGUGCCGAUCCCGUCAUACUUGCUGGCUAUUGCUGCGGGCCGGCUGGAGGCUAGGUCGCUUGGACCCAGAUCGCUAGUAUGGUCAGAAAAAGAAGAAAUAGAGCGCAGCGCGUGGGAGUUCGCGGAGACUGAGCGGUACCUGGCGGCGGCCGAGCGGCUGGUCGGGCCCUACGUGUGGGGGCAGUACGACCUGCUGGUGCUGCCCCCCUCCUUCCCGUACGGGGGGAUGGAGAACCCCUGUCUGACGUUUGUGACGCCGUGUCUUUUGGCUGGCGACAGGAGCCAAGCGGACGUCAUAGUCCACGAGAUCAUGCACAGCUGGACCGGCAACCUGGUCACCAACCGCAACUUCGAGCACUUCUGGCUGAACGAGGGCUUCACCGUCUACCUCGAGAGGAAGGUGGCCGCUUCCCUGAUUGAGGACAAGGUCACAUCGGCCAAGAGCAGAGACUUCCACAGUCUGCUUGGGUUGAAUGAGCUGAAGGAAACUGUGGAAGUACUAAAGGACACAAGCGCCCUCACUCGCCUCGUCCCAGACCUAACAGGCGUGCAUCCAGACGACUCUUUCUCAAGGGUUCCCUACGAAAAGGGAUCCCUAUUCUUACGCUACCUGGAAGAUUUAACCGGGGGACCUGCGGUAUUCGACGAGUUCCUCCGCUCCUACCUGGACCACUUCAAGCGUCAGUCGCUAGACACGGAGCAGUUCAAGCAGUACUUACUGGACUACUUCAAGUCUCGGCCGGCGCAGGCGCAGGCUCUGAGUCAAGUGGACUGGGAGACCUGGCUGCAUGGCGCUGGCAUGCCGCCCGUUAUACCAGCUUACGACACGUCUAUGACGAAGGUGGUGAACGAAGUACUGUCUCAAAUGGCAGAGGAGCCCCUCCCUGCCGUGGUGUUCGAGAAGGCCUCCGCCUUCACCCCUCACCAGCUGCUCCUGUUCCUGCAAGAGCUCCUCGACCUACCCCCUCUAUCGGUGGAGAAACUGAACCAACUCGGAGACAAACUGAAGUUAAACGUCAGCAAAAACUCAGAAAUACAAUACCGCUGGGCUAGACUGUGCAUCAGAAGCAAAGACAGCACAAAACUGCCCCAAGUGUUGGAGUUCCUCAACUCUCAAGGCCGCAUGAAGUAUGCGAGACCUAUUUACCGUGACCUCUAUGCGUGGACGGAAGUCAGGGACCAGACCAUAGAGAAUUUCUUGAAGAACGAACCAUUCAUGAUGCAUGUUUCGGCGUACACGCUAAGAAAAGAUUUGCAUUUACGAAGCGAGGUUGUGCAAACUAGCUCCUAGUCUUCCAGCAAAGCAUUUAUACCUACACGAAGCAAUCUUGGCCUGCCUUUUAAUGUAAUCUGAAGAUGAUUAAUGAAUUAUAAAUAUAUUUACUCUUAGAUAAACAUAUUUUUUUGUUAA